CUUCCACUUCUUCCCCGGGGAGUCGGAACACUGCGACAAAACCUCACAAAGCCUUUCUCCCUCGCUCGAGCUCAAAAACCCUAGACAGACAAAAUCCCUGCUCCCUCCGCCCUCGCCCGCCCCCCGAAGAAUGCCUCCCAAGGCCGCCAAGUCGAAGGAAGCGCCCGCCGAGAGGCCAAUUCUUGGCCGAUUCUCUUCCCACCUCAAGAUUGGCAUCGUCGGGUUGCCUAAUGUUGGGAAAUCCACUCUCUUCAACACACUCACCAAAUUAUCUAUUCCAGCUGAGAACUUCCCCUUUUGCACCAUCGAACCUAACGAGGCCCGAGUUUAUAUUCCCGAUGAGCGGUUUGAGUGGCUUUGCCAAUUGUAUAAACCAAAAAGCGAGGUCUCAGCAUUCUUGGAAAUCCACGAUAUAGCUGGACUGGUCCAAGGUGCUCAUCAAGGACAGGGCUUGGGCAACAGUUUCCUCUCGCACAUUCGUGCUGUUGAUGGGAUCUUCCAUGUUUUACGCGCUUUUGAAGAUCCAGAUAUUAUUCAUGUUGAUGACUCAGUGGAUCCUGUGAGGGAUCUAGAGGUUAUUAGUGCAGAAUUGCGGUUGAAGGAUAUUGAAUUUAUGGAGAAGAAAAUUGAGGAUCUUGAGAAGAGCAUGAAGAGGAGCAACGACAAGCAAUUAAAGAUAGAGCAUGAACUAUGUCAAAGGAUCAAGGCAUGGCUGACUGAUGGAAAAGAUGUCCGUCUGGGGGACUGGAAGGCUGCUGAUAUUGAGAUAUUGAACACCUUUCAAUUGCUUAGUGCUAAGCCAGUGGUCUACCUGGUCAACAUGAACGAGAGAGAUUACCAGAGGAAAAAGAACAAGUUUUUGCCCAAGAUUCAUGCUUGGGUUCAAGAACACGGUGGGGAGCCAAUUAUUCCUUUCAGUUGUGUGUUGGAGAGAAAUCUUGCUGAUAUGCCAGAAGAUGAAGCAGCUAAGUAUUGCGAGGAAAACAAAGUACAAAGUGCACUCCCGAAGAUAAUAAAGACGGGAUUCUCAGCAAUUAAUCUCAUAUACUUUUUCACAGCAGGCCCUGAUGAGGUGAAAUGCUGGCAAAUUAGAAGGCAGACAAAAGCUCCUCAGGCUGCAGGAGCUAUUCAUUCUGAUUUUGAGAGGGGUUUCAUCUGUGCAGAGGUCAUGAAAUUUGAAGAUCUAAAAGAGCUCGAAAGUGAAUCAGCUGUCAAGGCUGCUGGGAAGUAUAGGCAGGAAGGGAAGACUUAUGUGGUUCAAGAUGGGGACAUAAUAUUCUUUAAAUUCAAUGUGUCUGGAGGUGGCAAGAAGUGAGCUAGCCGUGGAGACGAACGGAUCGCCCAGGUCGGUGACUUCUAAUUAUUCUACUCAUCCGUUAAACCGAGCACCCGGAUAUUUGUAUGAUUAGUAUUUGUGGUUUGGUCCUUUUUACCUCUGAGUCAUUGAGAGAGAGGUUACCCCAAAGUUUUGAAGAAUAUCAUUGAUGAUCUGUAAGGCCACAGUUGUGGAGUGGACUUAUUGCUGAUCCCCUAGUUUUGUUUACAUUUCGAAUGAUUUUACAUAUUAGCAUCUCACGUGCAACGAAUUCAAAUUGCAGAUAGUAUGUUUGUAUGCCGCAUAAAACUGUAUGUUAAGAUCAUGAAAACUCGAGAUGAAGUUUUGAUAUUCAGAAGGGA